AUGGAAUAGGGUGCGAGGGUUUCCCCUCACUAGCAGAAAUUGAGCGAUAAAGCCUUUCCAAACGGAAAGUUUUGGGGCCUCACUGACGCCGGUUGUGCGAUGGCCAGCUUAACCCCACACUACUGA